AUGUUAUUUACAAUUGAUUGCAUAAAUAUAAAACAAAGUAAAAAGGUAUUGUUGACAAACAAAGCAGAAUUUCCAAUUUUGGUUAGGAUAAUAGAAAGCAAUUCUUAUAAUGUUAUUCCAUCCUUUUCAUUAUUGAAAUCAAAAGAAAGAAAGAAUUUUUAGAUACUCCAUAAAUUAAAUACUAAACCUGACAGCCUUAUGAGGAUUGAAGCUAUAGAAUUUGAUGAAACCAAACUUGACACGUUCGUAAUUUGAUUAUACUCUAAUUGUAAGUCUGUUCCGCCGUUCUGGAACGAAAGUAUUAAAGGUUCCUUGAAGACACAAUCUCAAUAACUGGCAUUGCAUAUAUCUGAGUCGAGCUCUUUUGUUUCUUACGAUAGGCCUCCAGCAAUGAAUCAAACAUUUCAGGAUCAAAAUCAAGUCUAUAAUAAUACAAAUGAAUGCUAAAAUAAACUUCAGACCCAGUGGCUUAAACAAAACAGCAGCAUUCAUUAUAAUCAAAGUGAUUAAUUCAACUCAAAGUAACACAUAAACUCUUAAUAAUCAAUACAAGUAAUAGGUUCAACCAAAAUAGCAGAAGAAAACAAAUUUCAUCAAUCAUAUUAAUAAGAAAGGAAACAUUCCAUAAGCAGUUUCGAAUCAUAUGGAUACAUAUCAACAACUCAAACCUAAUAAUAAAUCCUCAAAAUGCCGAAAGAUUUGAAUAAUUUUUUGGAUCAGAUCGACUCUUCGAAUAGUCCUUUUCAAAUUUAAACUCCCUCUCAAUAGUAUUCCUAAACACAUUCAUAGAUUAACAUUCCUGAUAACGCUCAGUAGGAUGUGAGUAUCAGUGAAACAACUUCCAUUUAAAGGUGCGAGAAUAGAAAAUUAUCAUUCCUUUAACAAAGUAGAUUACAAUUUAAUGAGAAACCUAAGUUAAAAGUUUCGUAAAGUUUUAUUAACCAUCCAAGAUCUACAAUCUAAAAUUAAUAAAUUUUAUGUAAAUUCAAGGAACUUGAGAAUUAGUUAUAAAAAUAAAUUGUAAAUUUUGAUAAAAUAUAUAGACCGAAUUGCAACUAAGUAAAGAAGUGUUGCAAUAAGAACUGAAAAAAUUGGAAUUCAAAGUCAUGUUCAAUAGUAAAAAUGGCGAUUCUUACAACCAAUAACAUUUCUUUAUUUGGCAUAUACUUAUAACCAGUGUUCUAUGUCUUAUACUAGGAAGCUGUCUGAAAAAAUUUAUCCCUUAAUUUUGA